CUCCUCCCCCCCCCCAAGGUAACGUCCCUCUUCCAACAUGCCCGAGCAGAUCAGCGUCUCGGAGUUCGUGGCCGUGACGGCGGAGGAUCUGAGCGCGCCGGCGGCGUCGAGCUUCACCUCCAAAAUGCAGAAGUGCCGCGGGGCGGUGGUGCCCCUGGAAGAGAGCUUGGAAGGGGAUCAAGCCAUUCUCCAGCGGAUCAGAAAAUAUAUGAAAGCAAUUCACGCUUCUGGACUCAUACAUGCAGAGAACGAGGAACAAUACACCGAGACUCUUGAAAGCUUCGGCAACAACCACCUCUCGCAGAGCAAUCAUGAACUUUCUACAGGCUUCCUGAAUCUGGCUGUCUUCACCAGGGAAGUUACGGCUCUUUUCAAAAACCUGGUGCAGAAUUUGAACAAUAUUGUCUCUUUCCCACUGGACAGCCUGUUGAAAGGGCAGCUUAAAGAAAGCCGGCUGGAUUCCAAGAAACAGAUUGAAAAGGCCUGGAAGGAUUACGAGACCAAAGUAGCAAAGCUGGAAAAAGAGAAGGAGCGGGCCAAGAUUUCUGGAGUUGUCCCGGUAGAACCCUCAGCAGAAAUUACUGAGGAUCUGCAGAAGGAGCGCCGCGCUUUCCAAUUUCAGAUGUGUGAGUACCUUCUGAAAGCUAAUGAGUGCCAAACAAAGCAAGGGCCAGACUUCCUCCAGAGCCUUAUCAAGUUCUAUCAUGCACAGCACAACUUCUUCCAAGAUGGUUGGAAGGCAUCUCAGAACCUCUAUCCAUUUAUUGAGAAGCUAGCAGCAUCUUUACAUGCACUUCAUCAGGCUAAAGAAGAGGAAGUGAAGCAGCUCACUCAGAUCCGUGAUUCUCUCCGAGGCAUCCUGCAGCUGGAGAGCAAAGGAGAAAACCUCAAUAGGAAGAAUUCCGGCAGUGGAUACAGUAUCCACCAGCAUCAAGGAAACAAGCAAUACGGAACUGAGAAGUCUGGCUUUCUGCACAAGAAAAGCGAUGGGAUUCGGAAAGUGUGGCAGAAGAGAAAAUGCGGCGUCAAGUAUGGCUACCUCACCAUCUCACACAGCACAAUAAACCGACCUCCUGUAAAGUUAAAUUUGUUGACCUGCCAAGUGAGGCCUCAUCCAGAAGAUAAAAAGUCCUUUGAUCUCGUAACACACAACCGAACGUACCACUUCCAAGCAGAGGAUGAGCGAGAGUGUAUUGUGUGGGUGUCGGUGCUUCAAAACAGCAAGGACGAGGCUCUCAGCAAUGCUUUCAAAGGGGACUUGGGAGGCUCUGUGCCUUCAGCGGGAGGUGUGGCUGACAGUGGGCUACAGGAACUCACCAGGCUAAUUAUUGGCGAGGUGAAGAACAUGCCAGGCAACAGGCAGUGCUGUGACUGUGGCGCUCAAGACCCCACUUGGCUAUCGACCAACCUUGGCAUCCUGACAUGUAUUGAGUGUUCGGGCAUCCACCGUGAGUUGGGGGUUCACUACUCCCGCAUCCAGUCCCUGACAUUGGAUGUUCUCAGCACAUCUGAACUCCUGCUGGCAGUCAGCAUAGGAAACACCAAAUUUAAUGAAGUAAUGGAGGCAACCUUGCCAACACAAGACAGUCCAAAGCCCACCUCCAGCAGCGAUAUGAAUGCUCGGAAGGAAUUCAUAAUGGCCAAGUACAUGGAGCGCAAAUAUGUUCAUAGAGCUGGCAGGGAUGAGCCAUGCUAUCUCUGGGAAGCUAUCCAGAGCAGAGAUCUCUUGGCCCUGCUUCAGGCUUUUGCAGAGGGUCACGAUCUGUCCAAACCUCUGAUCACUCCAGAUGGUCAGGAACAAGGUGAACGGGCUCUGCAUCUCGCUGUUCGCUAUGCCAGCAAGAGCUCCCUGCCACUUGUGGACUUCGUCAUUCAGAAUGGGGGCAAUCUGGAUAAGCCCACACCAGAAGGAAACACAGCACUACACUAUGCAGCCCAAUGCAAUCAGCUGAACUGUAUCAAAUUGCUACUGAAAGGGAAGGCCUCUAUACAUGCAGUAAAUGCAGCAGGUGAAACACCGCUGGACGUGGCAAGAAAGUACAAGCAUGCUGAAUGUGAAGACCUGCUGGAACAAGCCCAGGCAGGGAGAUUGGCUUCACAGAUCCACGUGGACUUCAACUGGGAAGCCUCUCAGGAGUUUUCUUAUGACAGUGAAGAUGAACUGGAUGAGAAGGUGAGUCUGCUGCAGCAGUCUUUCAGAUCCACAUCAUCUCCAACUACAGCCCAGCCUGCCCUGUUCCCUCCAAACAGGUGGAGCUGCACAGGCAUGGACAUCAGCAAUGAGACCUAUGAGACUAUCCUAGUCCCCCUGCAGCCUGGUCAGCACAGCUCAAAUGGCAAGAAGACCCCACCACCAUUGCCAAUCAAAAACCCCAGCAGAGGGAGCGGCAAGACAAAACCAGACUUCUCUGAGCCAUUGCCUCAGUCUCCAGAGGCUGCUGAUGUUUGGCACUCACCCACUUCCAGUGUCAUUGGAGCAGGGGAUGGUGUCACAUUCAGACAACCAUCCAUCUUCCAUAACUCAGUGGAAGUCAAAGGCACAGCGUAUUGGGAAACAUGUUCUGAAAUGGAGAGUGGAUUACCGCAGAGAAGAUCAGAAGCAAACCAGGUGUCUCCUGAACAAGUAACAGCAGUCAAGUUCAGUUCCGAGAGUACCCGAUCCUACCGACGGAUCAGUAGCGGCUCCAUGGGGAAAUCUUCCAGCUGUCCACUUUCCCCACAGAGCUCUGGCUGGCCAGAAGAGCAGCCCUCCUGCAAGGCGCCCACACAGAUGCAAAACCCACCCCCUGUUCCUAUGCCAAGAAGGUUUGCUCCGGCCAAAGGACGACCAAAGCGAGUGAUGGCCUUAGCCGACUGCCGGGGGGGCAAAGCCCGAGAUCUGACUUUCUCCAAGGGUGAGGUGAUUGUCGUGACACGGGAAGAGGACGAACAGAGUUGGAUUGGCUUCAUUGAAGGUGAUGGCACAAGAACAGGUGUUUUCCCCUCCAGCUUUGUUCAUCCUUUACUGGACUGAGGGGGAAGCAGGGCAAGUUCUUUGUAUUCAUUCUUCAGAUGGAAAAGUAUCCUGGCCUGGUGUAUGGACAUACACAUUCUGGCUCCUUUGAGCCUGUUUUUCUUAGAAUGCCACCUUGCUUAAUCCAUUUGUGACAAAUGUCACUAGCAAGACGUCACGGAGGAGUCUGACAUUUCUGACUGUUUUCUACUGGACUAGAAGAAAGGGUCACGUAUACUGUCAAGGUGGGAGCGCAUCUCAUACAUGUUUCCCAGAGAAUUUCAUUUUGGUCCUUUUAAUUCUAAGGAAAGCCAUCUGAGGCAUUGUGAUAGUAGCUUCUGAUAAGGAGCAGAGACGUCACGCCGUUGGAUUUCGCCCUCAAGAAUCAUCUAAAUUUCCCUUCUGUUCUUGGGUGCAUCAUACUUUGUAACAUGCAGUGAUUUUACAA